CGCUUGGCCGCGCGGGCGGCGUGGGUAAAUGCGCCUAUGGAAGUUACCUGAGUAACGCAGAGUGAGCUCGGCGCUGCCGAAGUGCUGUGCUUUCGAUGGAGUUUUAAUUCGUGUGGAGUUUUAAUUCUUUUCCCCACACAGGGUAUUCAAUCCUGGUUUUCAUUCUGUGUCUUUGAUAGAAAUAUUAUCUUUCACUUUGGGCCUGAAAUUAUAUUUUUAUACUAAAGGACAACGUGUAACUCCAGAGGGUGAAGAGACGUCUGAAAGAGGGCCUCAUCAAAGUGUAUAAAUAUCUAAAGGGGGGUCAGAUGGGCGUGCCAAGAGGAUGAUUCCAGGCUCUUCUCUGGAGUGCCGAGCAAUGGGAUAAGGGAUAAAAGACAAAAAGUGAUGCACAGGAAGUUCCACCAGAAUAUGAGAAAGUUCUUAAUGUGAGAGUGACUGAGCCCUGGAACAAAUUGCUCAGAAAGGUUGUGGAGUGUCCCUUCCUGAAGAUAUUCAAAAACCAUCUGGACACAAUGUACUCUGGGAUAACACUGCGUGAGCAGGGAAAUAGGAACAGAUCCACUGUGGAUUUUAUAUUUCAGCAGACAAUGUUAAGAGUAAAGGAUCCUAAGAAAUCAUUGGAUUUUUAUACAAGGGUACUUGGAAUGACACUGCUUCAAAAAUUUGACUUUCCUACUAUGAAGUUCUCACUCUAUUUCCUGGGGUAUGAAGAUAAAAAUGAUAUCCCGAAAGAUAAAGCUGAGAGAACACCUUGGACCUUCUCUAGAAAAGCUACACUUGAACUGACACACAACUGGGGCACUGAAAAUGAUGACAGUCAGUCUUACCACAAUGGCAAUUCAGAUCCCCGAGGAUUUGGACACAUUGGAAUUGCUGUUCCUGAUGUCUAUAAAGCUUGUAAGAGGUUUGAAGAACUAGGAGUGAAAUUUGUGAAGAAACCAGAUGAUGGUAAAAUGAAAGGACUUGCAUUUGUUCAGGAUCCAGAUGGCUACUGGAUUGAAAUUUUGAAUCCUAACCACAUGGUGACUCUCACUUAGUGCUAGUGAAGUAUAAGAGAGACCCACUUUCAGAUUCCUGGAGAAAAUCUGUAACAGAUGUUUGUGAAAUUUGCUUAAUAGAAAUGAAUCAGUCAUGUUUAGAGUCUGCUCCAAAACUAUCCCCUGGGACCUCACCUGGAUUCCUCUUCUCUUGUCCUGUGAUUCCACUGCAAAUUCUUUCCAGUUAGGAAUACUGAAUCAUUUUCUGGAAGAGCACUUACACAGAUUCUCCUCUUGAACAUUCAUUAUGUUAAUAUUUCAAUAAACACUGUCAAAAGAUUUGUUCCCAGAAGCUCACUGCAUCUCACACUGAUUGGAUUUAAAGUAGCAACGACAACAACUACUGUGUUACUACUGACGAGCAUCAAUGAGAAGGCAAAAAGAAACUUCAGUAUAUUUUUUUAUGAAGUCAGAAGAUCCUGAAGGCUUCAUGUCCCAUCUCAUCUACUAGAAAAUAAAAUGUCAGGCUAAUUCUGACUGGAGUAGUAGCAUGCUUAUAAAAGUCAUAAUCUUACUUAUAUUAUUCCAAACAAAACUCUUUUAAGGAGCAGCCUUAAGCAGUCUUGGAAAAAGAAAGUUUACAGAGGGGAUAAAUCUGUACAGCAGAAAGAAUUCAGUCUUUCAGCUCAGCUUCUGACUGCUGAUUGACUGCCAAGAGAAGAGGUCUCAUAGUUGCUAACUCACAGUGACCCUUGUCUCUUUCAACACUAGGAAGAACUUGCUCAUAAUUUUUAUUUCAGUAGAAGCUUGGGGCUAUGUUUUACUUAAAUGCUCUGUAUGUUCUGCCUUAGGAAAUUAAUGAAAAAGAGUAUCUGAAACAAGUUUCCUACUACUAGACAUUUGAUCUGCCCUCCCAAAACAAUAGCUCAUAGUACAUACCUGUGAGCAGCAGAAACACAUGUAGCAUUUCCAUGUGUUACACAAAUUAUAAAAAACCCUCUGCCUUGUCUUACUCUGGUUUGAGCAGCACCAAACUUCUUCAGUUAUGCGGCUAUCAAAUAAUGUGUAGUGUAACCAAAGGCUAACGAAUAGUGUAAUUGCAUUGCAGUUCACUUCCCAAUAAAGCAUUGGUGAAAACUACAAAAAAUAUUAAAGCACGAUGACAUGUU